AGCCGCGCGGCCCAAGUUGCAGCUGUGGGUUUGCAAAAACAUGCGACCCUUUGUUGCGCGAUUGCUGCAUGGUCAUGAAUUGCCACCCGAAUGGGUGUAAUGUCGUUUUCAUUUUUCUUACCGUGCUGUCACUAGCAGCAUCCCAAAGUUGCACAACAGGUUUCUACGUGCAAGAUGGUGGUUGCCACGUUUGCCCAGCAGGCAAGUACUCCGAAAACGAUGGUGCCACCAGUUGCACAGAGUGUUUGCCGGGGAAGUAUUUGGAAGAUGAUGGCCUUAACUGGAAGGUGCACACCUUGGAACUUCUUUGCCUGCCUUGCCCCUUGGGGCACGCUUCCAACAUUUCCGGCGCAAGUGCCUGUGAACAGUGUGUGCCAGGCAAAUUCAGCGGUGCAGUUGGCAACACCGAGUGCGCAGCAUGUGCCUCAGGUGCUGCAGAGAACUUUGGCAUGAUUGCCUGCCGUCCAUGUUCGUCAGGCCAUGGACCAAAUGCAGAUGCAAGUGCUUGCGAGAUGUGCACCGCUGGAAACUAUUCGGCAUCAGGCCUUUCUUGCACAGAAUGUGGCACAGGGACCGUUGCAGAAUGGGUGGGGCAAUCUGAGUGCAUGAGCUGUUCUGGUGGAACUUAUGCGUCACUCAACCACUCAGAGUGCUUGCCAUGUUCAGCUGGCAAAUAUAGCUCGGACGCUUCGGACAGCUGCGCAGACUGCCCUCGCGGAAAAUAUUCCUGGGAACACAGCAGUUCUUGCCAAUCUUGCGAUGCUGGAACGUAUGCCCCAGAAGGCAGUGAGUUUUGCCUCGAAUGCUUUGGAGGAUAUUAUUCCUCUGCGGAAGCAUUCCAGUGCACACAGUGCAAAGUUGGGACCAUGUCAUCAAACGGCAGCUUUACCUGUGAUCCAUGCAGUGAGGGCCAGUAUCCUGACGCAUCUCGGUCGCGGUGUGAGAACUGUCCUGCAGGCAAGAAGAAAGAUUAUGUUGAUGAGUUUUGUGUGGACUGCAACGACGGCGAGUAUUCCGACGCAGGAGCAUAUUACUGUGUCCAGUGCAUGGCUGGGGAGUUCGCGCUGGCAAACCACACAGCUUGCCAACCUUGCGCUGAUGGAAGUGUUUCCGAUUAUGGCGCUACAAGAUGCACGCGCUGUCAGGCUGGCAAAGUGCCAAGCCUUUAUAAGAAUGCAUGUGAGCAGUGCCAGCCAGGGACCUACUGGGCAGGAGCCGGAAAUGUGAGCUGCACAUCAUGCGAGGCUGGCCGGUAUUCCGGCGAUCCUGGCGCCACGCAAUGCACACAAUGCCCCAUCGGCAAGUAUUCAGACAUGGUUGGUGCCCCAAGUGAAUCAGCUUGCACAGACUGCCCUGGCCUAAGCACAUUGUCAGCAGGUGCAACAAGUGCUGAUUCCUGCAUCGUGCCAGCAGCGAAUCAAUCAUUUGAGUGUGUCGUGGGCAAGCCUUGCUGGAUUCUGAACUUUCAGGGAGUCAACCUGAGUAACACUCACUCAGUUAUGGUGAAAACUGAUAUUUGCGAUGUAAAUGCAGUGGGUACUCCUGGUCCCGGUACCUAUGGUGGUCCAGGCACCUCAACUUAUGGCGGUGGCUCAACGUAUGGCGGUGGUUCGGGCACCUCGACCUAUGGCGGUGGCUCAGGCACCUCGACCUACGGCGGUGGCUCAGGCACCUCAACCUAUGGCGGUGGCUCAGGCACCUCAACUUAUGGCAGUGGCUCAGGCACCUCGACUUAUGGCAGUGGUUCAGGCACCUCGACCUAUGGUUCAGGCACCUCAACUUAUGGUGGUGGCUCAGGCACCUCGACCUAUGGCAGUGGCUCAGGCACCUCGACCUACGGCGGUGGCUCGGGCACCUCAACUUAUGGGGGCGGUUCAGGCACCUCAACCUACGGCGGCUCAGGCACCUCAACCUAUGGCAGUGGUUCAGGCACCUCAACUUAUGGCGGUGGUUCAGGCACCUCGACCUAUGGCAGUGGUUCAGGCACCUCAACUUAUGGCGGUGGCUCAGGCGGCUAUGGGGGCUCAGGCUCGGGGUAUGGGGCUGGCUAUGGUGUUCGACGACUUCAAGAUUAUGGUUAUGGGGAUGGUGGUCCUAACGAUUCGCCGGUUGCGGGUUUUGGAACAGAUGGGCGUUCGAAAAACGGUGGCAGCAACUAUACCUGGUCCGGCUUAGUGCAGGCGGACCCAAGAAGCUAUCGGCUCUGCUGGUGCGGGGGCUUGAGCGCGACAUGUGCGGACAAAAGCAAGUACCUCACAGAUGUUGGCCCUGUCAUGGUUUCAGGCCCUUACAUUGACCAGUCCUUCACCUGUGUCAAGGGGUCCUUUUGCAUUCAGAAAGGCCCAUUGAGGGGGCUGGGCCUGACUGCAGAUGACCGGCUUGUGGCCCGGAAAGGCUGCAGCUUGGAUUGGGCAAGGGGAUCCAGCUCAACUAGCAUGAACGUGGCUGCGCUCAGCGGCGCAAAUGGCGAGACUGAAUUGUACUUUGCUCUGUCAGAUGUGGUGCAGAUUGCUGCUGGUGAGUACAGCUUGUGCUGGUGCUCCUCCAAGGGAGAAAGCUGUGACAACAUGGACUUGAGCCCUGCCGGCACCAGCACCUUGUACUUGGAGGCCUUUGGGGCCAAAUUCAUCGUUGAAGGGCCUGGGACAGGGGCAGAGAUCGAGUGCUUUCAAGGGCAGCCCUGCUUUCCUGCAUUACCGGACGGGGUGAAUCUGGCAGAGGGUGACAGGCUCACUGCCCAAGAGCAGUGUGGUGAGAGUUUUUUUUUGCGAGGGCUUCCAGGUGAAGGAUAUGCCAUCACUGGUGACGGUUAUCAAUUCGGGUUUGUUGAUUCCGAUGGGCUGUUUGAUCCAACUGCGUAUUUGACCUCUGACCCUGGUUUCUUCCGCUUAUGCUGGUGCCGGCCAAGCAAUGCCACGGGCAACGUCACAGGUGUUCAGUGUGUGCAGGGAACGGAUUUCAACGUGGCUGCAGGGUUGUUCAUUGCUGUCGGCCCAUACUCAGGCCAAUGGUUUUCUUGCUCGCUGGGCUCACAGUGCCUGGUGACUGGCCUGAGGGGCGUCAGCCUUGCUAGUGGUGACUGGCUGGUUCCACUGGCUGGCUGCGGCAGUGCCGUUGCCAGUGGCACCUUUCCAGAUCCGCUGCCAAUCAAUGGCACCCUCAACGACUCUGUCACUGUCUACGAUUUUGGGCACUUGCAGUUGGAGGGAGGGAAGCCUGAAGGGUUGAAGUUGUGCUGGUGCUCGGCCAGAAGCCCGUGCAGCGCGCCAGAAGAGUUCCGCGCACUUGCAAUGGAUUUGUAUGUGCAAUGCCCUCCUGGCACGUAUGAGCUGUAUGGCGAAGAGACAAAGUGUCAGGAGUGCCCUGUAGGCUACUACUGCCCAGGAGGGUGGCCAGCUCAAUUGCGGAAUUGCCCGUCAGGCAGCACGUCACCUCGUGGAUCCAAGCUGCCUGAGGAGUGCCAGUGUCGGCGGGGCAGUUUCUGGGAUGCAUCGAUUGCCGCGUGCCUAGCCUGUCCUGCAGGAACAUUUAAGGACCAAGUGGGCAGACUGACUGAAUGUGAGCGGCUAUGCCCGUCAGGUACCACAUCUUUGGCAGGCGCAGCCAAUGUUUGGGAGUGCUACUGCUCUGGGGAUGCCAUUGACACGGAUCCUUCACUUGACAGCUUGCAAUGCAGCGAGCUUAUGGGCUUGUCCAGCAACUCCAGUGCUGAUGCAAUCUUUGCUGCGACUCAGGCUUACAUUCACAGGUUUGGCGGCUCUCUGCAAGUGGCAGAUGCGUCCACGGAAAGCUUGCUUGUAGAAGUGGACGAUGAGCUGCGACAGAUGCUAGGCUUAAGCUCCAGGUCAUCCCUUGACCUGGCUGUCCGGUUUGAUGAUGUCAACUUCAGCUGGCAUGUGGAUUUUCAAGUUUCGAGCUCCGACUUGGAGUUGGCUGAGGGCCUACAUGACGCGUUUGACCCAUCCCCCUUUGCAGCUUGGAUCUUUCAGUCAAUGGCAGGGACUGCUCUGGACUCCGCACAGUUGCACAACAGAACGCCAGUGGAGCAAUUUUUGCUUGCUUGUCCUGACGGGUUGGGGCUACACUCUGGGUCAUUCGUCAAGGACUUGACAGCAUGCAAGUGCCCGCAUGGCAAGCAGCCAGGUGGGGCUGGAGGCGGCUUAAGCGCUGGAUGUGUUGACUGCCCUGUAGGCAAGUACAAGUCAUCGGUUGAGGAUGCCAGCUGCACUAGCUGCCCCUCGCUCCCUUCCAUCCCUGCUCCGCUCACCACACUACAAGUAGGCGCCAUUGCUUACUCUGCUUGUACGUGCCCUGGUGGGUAUGUGAACCACGACCCCCAGAAUCCGUCCAGUUGUGAAGAGUGUGGCAUUGGGUUUUAUUGUCUUGGAGGCACCCACAGACAGGCAUGUGAUGAGUCGCAGACAACCGUGAAUGGAAUAGCCAGUUCCGACUCGGAAUGCUUUUGUGCAGCGGGCUUUCGCGAUGCUGGGCUUGGAGUCUGUGAGGCGUGUGUAGCCGGCAAGUUCAAAUCGGAGGCCGGAAAUGCAGAAUGUGCUGAUUGUCCUGCUGGCACUUUCUCUGGGGAGGGAGGGCAGUCCAGCUGCCUUGCCUGUGCUGCAGGUGAAUACUCUACAGGUUCGGGAUCUUGUCAGAGCUGCUUACCUGGCCGCUUCUCUGCGACUGUCGGUGCCACCUCUGCCGGCACGUGCUUGCCCUGCCCCAUUGGCAAGUGGAGCAACGAAACGGGCGCUGCAUCCGGGACGAGUUGCGUCUCUUGCGUGGAAGGCUCCACCACUGAAGCGGCUGGCACCAGUGAGUCGCUCUGUGUGCUCCCGGGCCCAGGCCAGACGCGGAACUGCGUCUCCGGUCGGCUAUGCGUUGCCGACGAUAUCACCGGCUUCGGUUUGCGCAACGGUCACCGCCUUGCUGUUGGCUUCUGGUGCGGCCCUAUCAUGUUGGCAGUGCCAUACAUUGUGGCCAGCGGGAUCUCCCAACUGGCCACCAACAAUGGCAGCACGUAUGCCUGGGGUGAAGUGUCCACGGAUUUUCUCCCAUUCGGUGGGAAUUACAGCCUGUGCUGGUGCGCCAACAUGGGACCCCUUUCUUGCGAUGACCUCAGUGGCAACUUCCUGCUUUCUGCUGGUCAGCUUUCGGUAACUGGUCCGAACUACAAUGAGCUUGAGUGCCUUCGUGGUGCAGACUGCAUGAACCUGGCAUUUUCUGGCUACGGUCUGUUGGAAACAGAUCAGGUGGCUGUACGCCGUGGUGGGUGUGGCGGCGAGACAGCGUCACAAAUCAGCCCGUCCAACUUGGACGGGCUUGGCGCCCUUCAGGCAGCCAAUGGAUCUCUUGGCGCCCCUCAGGCAGCCAAUGGAUCUGUCAAUGGAUCUGUCAAUGGAUAUGGAUAUGGAUAUGGAUCUGGAGCCGCACCCGCUGACGUGCUCCUUCUUGGCUUUGGAACCUCUGAUGCGGACAGUGAUUUCCAUAUCUCGCUGGAUGCGAGCGAUGCGGGAUACUUCCUCUGUUGGUGUGCAAGCGAGCGGGGCUUGGCCAAUGCCUGCAACACUCCGCAGAGCUUUGAUGUGAACGCUGGACGUUUGCGUGUGACUGGGCCAAAUACAAACCAAGAGAGCGCUUGCUCUGUGGGGCAAGCUUGCAGCAUUACAGGGAUUCGGGGUGUCGGCAUGAAGGAUGGAGAUCGGCUCAUGGUCCUUUCUGACUGUGGCAAGGGAGCUGCAAUUCCUGGCUUCCCUGCAGGUGGCUUGUUGGAAACCAUUGAUGGCGCCACCUUUGAGUUUUCUGGCCAGGUCAGCAAUAUUUUGAUGUCAGUGCCCGGCAUCUUCAGGGUCUGCUUCUGCAAGCCCCUCGGCUCAGAGGUGUGCAACUCCUCCACCAGCUUCCGAGCCAGGGUUGGCCUCAUGACGGCCAGCGGGCCCUUUGAGCAGACCACCACCUGCGAGGUUGGCAGCGCUUGCACCGUGCAAAUGUCGGGCAUCGGUCUCGACAUCGGCGACAAGCUGCUGAUCACUGCGGGCCAGUGCGGCAGCUCCACAGGCCUUGGGGCGCAGGGCUACCCGCUGCUUCAGCAGCCCUUAGCCUUGGAAAUGGGCAGCGCAGGCCUGGAGGUGCCGUUGGGCAUUCUCCCAGAUCUGGGCGCGCCGGGGCGCUACUCCCUGUGCUGGUGCCCAAGGACCGGCAACUGCACGACGCAGGCCUUCCGCGCCCCAGCAGGCCAGCUCCAGGUGGACUGCCCACAAGGUACGUUCGCGCUUGGGCCCUCGUCAGGCCAGAUAUGCAACAAUUGCACUCGUGGGUACUACUGCGCUGGGGGCAGCCCAAGCCUGGCCACGAGGGUGCCCUGUGCUGAUGGGCAAACUACUCUUGGAUUGGGCUUUGUCACCAGCGAUGCCUGCGUUUGCGACCGUGGAUACGUUUAUGACACAGUUGCUCUCACUUGCUCGCCUUGUCCGCUUGGCUUCUACAAGACGCAGCCUGGUAACUUUGAGACAUGUGACGCAUGCCCCGACGGCUACAUCACCUACAACACUGGCUCUGUGUUCUCUUCUUCUUGCUUUGCUUCGCCUAGCUUGACCACAGGGGCUCCAACUGCAAAUGUGGAUGACAAUGAAACGAAUGUCAGCAAUGCCUCCAAUGCCACAGUUGACACAGCUCCAGACCUAGUAGAGUUGCUGACGAAGAACGAAUCGGAGGUGCCUGCGGUUUCCUUCAACAUGUCCCUGGCCAACCUACCCACCAAUCAAGACGCAGAGUCUCUCAGAAACCAGCUCAUAGCCAUCUUCAAAAAUACGUUGGCAUCCGCAACCAGGCUGAGCGCAGAUGCUAUUCAGAUUGACUUCAUUGGCUUGGUGCUCACCAACACCUCCAAUGCAACGGGGCGUCGCCUGUCAGCUUCCAUGGUCGUGGUCACGAUUAAGCAGCGGUCAGUGGAGGAAGCGACCAUUACAGCAGCUGAUAUGGAUGCAGACUCCCUGACAAGCGAGAUUCUCACAGCAGUGCAACAGCAUCCGACGCUGGGCGAUUCUGGCAUUACGGUAGUGGCAGAGUCGAGGGUGACGCGGACAUCCUCGAUCGUCAAGUGCCCACCGAAGCAGUCGGUUCCUCCAGGUGUGCCGGUGCUAAGUGCUGCCGACUGCCAGUGCAGCCUUGGCCAUGGCUUCGACCCCACGUUGCAAACUUGUGAGCCCUGCAACUUGGGGGAGUACAAGGCAACCGUGGACAAUGGGAUAUGCACCAGGUGUCCAGCGCAGACGUCAACUCUCGAAGUUGGCGCCACUGCCAUUGAGCAAUGCCGCUGCGAAGCUUCUUGUCGCAGAUUAGCGUCGUUAGGUGUGGGCAAGGAGGAAAGAAGCACAGUUGCAAAUCAGGCUGGCCUAUACACCGACGAAAGUGGCGCCUGCGUGGAGUGCACGUUCGGCCACUACUGUCCUGGAACUGGGCAGGCAGUGGUAUGCCCUGACAAUUCUACGACAAUCGCGCUGGGCAGGCAGCUAUCCGAUUGUGUUUGCCUUGCGGGAUACUACUUUGCAUCCGCCGCAGAUUUUUGUGAGCCCUGUCCUCGAAGAAAGUAUAAAGCCACUAUCGGAAAUGGAGAUUGUGCGCUCACCUGCCCCACAAAUGCAGAUAGCGAGCCGGGAUCCACAUCUCUGGACGAUUGCUUCUGCCAACCACGGUACCACGCGCACAUAGAUAGCGCCGGGAAGCUGGCCAGUUGCACAUCCUGCAGCUAUUCUGGCCUCACUUGUCCCGGGGGCUUUGAGGGAGAGCAGAAUGGGACGAAGAUCCAUGCCCAGCCACGGGCAACGCCUGGAUUCUUCCAGACUGGCCUCACUUCAGCUGUCGAGUGCGACGUCCUUCUCCCGGACGGCGCCACAGUCUGUGGAGGUGGCGACGGGUGCACAACACAAAGACUGGGUCUACUUCCCCCAAAACAGUGCAACGGCCUGCGUGGAAAUGCGUGUGCAGAAGGUUCGACUGGGAUGCUCUGUGGCGAAUGCCCGGUCGGAUGGGCACGAGACAACUACCCAGAUCUUUGUCAGCGAUGCCCGGAGGGUGCUGGCUUUGUGCUUGCCGUGGGCAUCGUGUCAGACAUAUUUCAGAAAACGUUUCUGAACUUUGUGGUGGCAGCAAUGGCAGCCACUUCUGCAGUGAAGGGAUCAGCCAAGCUCCACACAAGCAUGAUCCGCAUUGGAACGCAGUGGCUGGCUGCGUGCUCCGUCCUGACGCAGUUUAAUCUUGAGCGGCUGCCUGGCUUCGACUGGGCACAGAAGUCGGCGGAGAUGGAACAACUUCAAGCCUGCGCUGAAGCAAACCUCACUGAGUGUGACCUCAACCCACAGGCGGGCAAUUUUCCGUGGCCGGAGGAGGUUACAGAUGCCAUGAGCCAGCUCUUCCAGGUUAUGAGUGUCGUGCCCAAGUUGGCGUCCGUGGAGUUUGCCGCGAUGUGCCAUGCUGAGGAGCUUUUGCCAGGAGACAAGAAUGCGAAGAUGAUUGCUUCUGGCUUCUACUAUGUCCUCAGCCCGAUUGCAGGCAUGUUUGGCGUUCUUCUACUCUGCGCCCUGGUGGUCUACGUCUUCAUCCCUUGUUGCGCCAGACUGGGGAUUUACUUCAAUGACGUAGCGAAGGGACAGAUGAAGAGGUCGAAGGCCAUACGGCAGUUGCAGGAUCCUCUUGGGCCGGUGUUGCCUGCUCAUGGGCUGUGCUGGGAAGACGUACAGGAGUCGGGUGCUUUCGACAAACACCCGGUGUGGGUCCUGGAGCAAGCUGCUGGAGAUCCUGAGAAGUUCAUUUUAGGUUGCCUGACUUCCCAGCCGGAGCUGGCCUUGAAGAUGUGUUUCCACCAAAUGAAGUCCAGUCACGAAUUAGCAGAGGCUCUCGAAGAGGUAGGACUAGCGUUGCACGAUUUCACUGAUGACAAUCCCAACUUUCUGAUCCGGCAUUUGCGAUCAGAUGAUGAUCGUUUGCAUGACGCAGCCGCAGGCCAGAAAGAUACCAGUCUGAUCCAAGAGUUCGUGCUGCGUGCGCUGGCCUGGAAUCUGCGUGGCCUCUACGAGGAUGGCUUGACGAAGGAGGACGUUGCAGAUGCAGUCGCAGCAGCCUUCGAGUCCGCUCCAGAGCUCCACGCCGCAGCGGCUCAGCCUACCUUUCACGACAAGCUUCAGGAAAUAAUGCAGGCAGUCAGGCAGAAAGCUGAGCAAGGGGAUGAGGAAGACAAUGAGCUUGCCGAGGUCGGCGAAGCGAAAGCCACUGAAAUGGACCCCGAAGCACUGGACUUUGGCCUUUUCACCUCGAAGCCAUUUGCAAAGCAGCUUUUUGUGCAGUGCAUCCCAGUGUUCUGGGUGACACUUCUGGCAAUGUGGCCGGAAUUGCUGUCGAAGUUUCUGCAGAUGAUUUGGUGCACGCCAUUUUCCGAGGAAGAUGACACGGGCAAGAUUGUUGUAAAACAACGCUUGCUCCCGCAUCCGGAUAUCGUAUGCUGGAGCAAGGACCAUUUCCUGACCUCACUGAUUGCUUGCAUCGGACUUGCAAUUUGGUGUGCUGGCGUGCCAAUCCUGUUGUUCCUUCGGAUCUACAAGCUGAAGGAUAGGCAGAACCCGGAGAACUACCGGAAAUACGGAUACUUCAUUGAGGGCUACGAGCCUGGAUUCUGGUGGUGGGACAUCAUCGUCAAACGAGCUGACAUUGGCAUGAUGAACCUGGUCACAUACACAUCGAUAGCAGAUGAUGAGAAAGCCAAGUUGCUCUUGUUCCCUUUCGUAUCUGGAUCGAUGCUUGCCAUUUGUGCAUGGUGCAGGCCCUUCACCAAUACCCAGGCCGAAAUCCUGGACUUUUUGGAGAUGUGCCUUUUGAGCUUCCGAUUUCUCCUGUUCAGCAUGGUGGCAGUGCUGCUGAUUUUCAGCCCCUCGGCAGAGAUCACCUACGUUUUCGCAGGCUUCCUGGCUGCCAUGCUUGGGGGCAUCUGUGUCUACUUCGGGCUCCACGUCCUGGUGCAGCUGCUCCGGCACCAGGCGGAGGACUUGGAGGACAGCGAUGAGGAGGAUUUUGUUCACACAAGGUCUUCCCACAGCCUGAAGAAGGAUCGACAACCAAAGAAGAAGAAUUGGCUGAUCAGAAUUGCAGAUCAAGUUAAGAAAGCCGUGAUCUUCCGCGCCCUUCCGAUCUUCCAGGAAUCCGCGGAUGAGAAGAUUCUGGUAGAGUGGUCCGUGGUGGGCGACAAGUGCAAUUUGAUCAGCGCAGUGCCGCCGGGCGAGGAGGCCGAGGCUGAAGCCACAGGGAGCCGCAGCUUGAAGAGGGCGGUUUCCCUGGCCAAAGGCGCCAGGGCUCACGUUCUGCGAUUUGGGUCAUCUUUCCAGCGGCGUACCAUUGUGAAGGCGUUCGAGGAAUUCGCCUCGCUGUGGCUGGACCAGUUCGAUCAAGAGACGCUCCCGGCAGACACAGUGCAAAUUCUUUGCGUUUUGACGACUUCGUCCAGGCAUGUUCCAAGCAAGACCGCCAAGCGGCACCUUGCGGCCAAAUGGAAGAAGCAGAUCAACGCCACGCUGCACAGCAGAAGCCAUCUCCACGACGAGCUUUCGCACUUGCACCACUUUGAGCCCGAUGAAAUUCUCGAGGUGACACAGCGGUUGGGAAAGCUUUCUGCGAAGGAGGCUGUCUCCUUGGUCAGCACCACGCAAGCAGCUUUGCAGGAGCAGCGCAAGAUCUAUACACAGUCCCUGAUUACCAGGGAGACCGAAGUGCAGGCUGAGACUGAGGCGAACAAUGCUGAACCGCUUCAGAUUCUAGACGCAUCAGGUGAGGAAGGCUUCGAUGACGAAUUUGCGGAUCCUGGUAAUUCCACGGGCCAACAGGAGGCAGGCAACAUGGCGUCUGCCACGACAGACGAGUCCAGGGCCCCUGACGAGCUUUUCCUGGCUGACACCCUGCCUGACGAGCUCAUUGUGCCGGAAGUGAAGCCGGAAACGCGAGAGAGAGCAGUGCAGACCUCCAUGAGCGCAGCGACGAAGAGACCACCGCUGGCCAUUGCGGCAGCUGCAGAUGAAAGAGAGACAACCAAAGAAGUCAUUUCAAAGCAGCCGCCGCAUCCCGGAGAUGUAUCAAGGGAUGUACCCAAAAAUGUACAACGAGACGUGCCGGAAGGUCAGGUGGAAGUGAAUCUGACGGAUGUCUUUGAAAAGCUCCUGGAAAGCAGGAUGCCGAAGCCAAAGCCUGCGAGGGCCCGGGAGGCGAAGGAGGCCCAACCGGCUCUGAUCCCAGAGACGGUCAAGGUGUCCAAGCCGUCCAAACCAGAAGUGCCCUCAGCGCCUCGAGCGACCCAGCCAGCGCAGGUCUCGACCCCUUCAAGCAGACUGGCCGCUUCCAUCCAGCCGCUGGACAGCAAGAGCGUCUUCCGAACACCGUCACCUUUCUCACCCGGAAGAGCUCGCGGGUCGCCGGCAGCUUCUCCACAGCACAGCCGGGCUUCGUCCGCUGACGCAAGGGCAGUGCAGGGCAUCAUGCCCAAGGUGUCCGACCAGGAGAGGAGGGUCAAUAUCUAGUCGGAGGCACCAUCCUUGUCGCUGUGAGGCAUCAUCCAGCAGAUCGUAGUGUGAGGCCUGCUUUUUUUCCGGGUAGGACAAACGGCCAUCCCCUGUGCAAAUGCACAGUUGGAUCCGUCGUGUCACUCAUGUACGCCGGGAACAUGAAGGCCAUUCUGCUGGC